CAUCUUCACCACGCGCGAGCUUCACCCCCAGGCGCAGGCCCGACGUUGCACCAACAUCAGCCUUGUCUCAAAGCUGACGGUUCCGAGUCUCACCUUUUGACAACAGCGCAAUCUUCUCCACAGGUCUGGGUUGGCUUUUCCUUGACCUCAACCCCAAGCACCGAAUCACGACUGCACGCAGGUCGUUCGAGGCACGCCCAAGACAGCUCGUCAGUCUCCCGUGCCUCGUCCCGCUUUGGGACUCACUCGCCGCACAACAUUCUCUGCUGUGGCCCCCAGCUCUCAAGAAACCCCGCAAGAUGGAGCCCCGAGCACGAGCCGGCAAAAACGUCGGGAAGGCCAACUUUAGCACCCCGGAGCUGACCCAGUUUUUGAUCGCGCACGGCGACUCACGCCAACCCCUACCGGAGACGAUCCGCAUCCUCGACGAGAUCCUGACCGAGUUCAUCCAGGGCGUGUCCUUCGAGGCGACGCGCGUGGCGCAGCUCGCGGGCCGCCAGAAGGUGAAGUACGAGGACUUCCAGUUCGCCAUGCGCAGGAACCCGGUCUUCCUCGGGAAGGCAGCCGAGAACAAGGAGCUCCGCGAGAUCAUCGAAAAGCAGCGCAAGGUCUUUAAUGAGGACGAGAUGAUCAAGGAGGACCUUGGCGACGGCGCGGGCGCGGGAGGCGCGGCCGCCGGCACCGCCAGGAGCACCGGACCUGGUAGGGCAAAGAAGAGGGCUGCUCCUGGCGGAGGAGGGGAGGGCAGCCAGGCCAACGGCUCGGGGGAACCAGCCGCCCGUGCGAGCGGUGUUGAUGACGAGGAGCUGGGCGAGAUGGACGACGUCGACGACGCGGAGCUUGUAGGAGCCGGUGGCCGGAAGGCUUAGGAGGCGUCCUCGCACGGCCGGGCGACUCAGCGGCGGAAGGUCUCCUUCUCGACGCCUACCCCACCUACAUGACCAAGUGAUUUCACGAUUGAGCAUAGCGAAGGCGUUUUCUUCCUUUUUCUUUUUGGUGGGUGUAAGUUGCGAGGGGACAUGCAGCAUCAGGGCACUUGCGCAGGAAUCAGUUAUCCCAGGUGAGAGGAACAGGAACUUAAACUAGGAUGAAUAAACCUUCUAGUCUGUCACAACCAGAAUCCUGCUGAUGAGACUUGAGCCCAUCAUGUGGAGCUCUACCUAGGUAGUCUUUUUAUAAUACUUGUAAAUAUUAUUUACUUUUAUUUUUUAUAUAUUUUAAAA